AUGAGUUCUGAAAUUGAUUCCGCCGCUGGUGGCUACGAGGAUACGCGAUGGAAAUAUCUCGACCAGAUCCGCCGCAAUGCAGGGCCUUAUACCGAUCCCGAUGCCACUGCACCUGAGUUUCUUGCACAAUUCGAAAAGUUCAAGAUUCUCGUCAUCGGUGCGGGUGGUUUAGGAUGCGAGAUUCUCAAGAACCUCGCAAUGUCGAGAUUCAAGAAUAUUCACGUGAUAGAUAUGGAUACUAUUGACAUAUCAAACCUCAACCGCCAGUUCCUAUUCCGAAAGGAUGAUGUCGGUAAAUACAAAGCUGAAGUCGCCGCCGCGUUCGUUGAAAAGAGAGUCAAGGGCGUCUCCAUCACAGCCCACAACAAUCGUAUCCAGGACUUUGACGAGGAGUUUUACAAGCAAUUUCAGCUUGUCAUCUGCGGGCUGGACAGCAUCGAGGCCCGUCGUUGGAUCAAUGCCAUGCUGGUUUCUAUUGCCGAAGAAGCUGAGGAUCCCGAUGCGAUAAAGCCACUUAUCGACGGUGGUACUGAAGGCUUCAAGGGCCAGGCACGAGUCGUACUGCCAUCCAUAACCUCCUGUAUUGAGUGCCAGUUGGACAUGCACGCCCCCCGCGCCGCUGUUCCUCUAUGCACUAUCGCCUCGAUUCCUCGACAGCCCGAGCAUUGUGUCGAGUGGGCUCAAGUUAUUGCAUGGGAGCAGGAGAAGCCGUUCCCAAAGCUGGACAAGGAUGACCCUGAGCACGUUACCUGGCUGUACCAGAAGGCACUUACUCGGGCACAGGAGUUUGGCAUAUCAGGUGUCACUUAUUCCCUAACACAAGGAACCAUCAAAAACAUCAUUCCAGCCAUUGCAUCUACCAAUGCCAUCAUCGCCGCUGCAUGCUGCAAUGAAGCCUUCAAGAUUGCCACGACGUCAGCGCCAUGUCUUGGGUUCGAAACAAACUACAUGAUGUACUCGGGCAACGAUAGCAUCUACACAUAUACCUUCAAGCACGAGAAGAAGGAUGACUGCCCUGUCUGUGGACGCCAGGCUCGCCCGCUAGAGGUCGACCCUAAGGCAGCACUGCAGGAGUUGAUCGACUCAUUUGCCAUUCGUCCCGAAGCCCAACUAAAGAAACCAUCGAUUCGUGCAGAGGGGAAGACGUUGUAUAUGCAGUUCCCUCCUGGCUUGGAGGAACAGACACGUCCGAACUUGAGCAAGACGCUUAAGGAGCUUGGACUUGAAAAUGGGCAGCAGGUUGUGGUCACUGACCCGGCAUUCCCCCUCGAGUUCAACUUUUACCUCAAGUUCAAGACAGCUUCCUGA